UGCAACUACAACUUGUGGUUUUUCCAUCCUUGUCAAUGUACAUUUUUGUUACUAAGCGGUAGAAAUGGAUGGAUGGAUAUUUAAUUCGUGUUUUAAAAGUCCGGUUGCACUUGCGCAAAAGUAACUUGGCGAAAACAACAACUGGUCUGUGGCAAGCGAAACAUGUCGACAGGCUGUUGUUGGAGCAGAUUAGUUUUAGGCUUAUAAACUAGCGACUAUUUGCUUACAAGCUAGCAACUACGUGAUUUUGUAGUGUCGACUUUUAUUUCGGGGUUUUGUUCCCGCCAUUUCAGAAGCGGAAGUGACCCGGGAUACUUCUUCCGGGCUGAUUGGGUUUGUUUACCUCCAGCAGCGCAGAUUCUAAAGAUAAAUCAUAAUUUUCUUAUUCGUCAAAUAGAUUUACUUGAUUGUCAACACCAAAAAUAUGCUAUUCAAACACAGUAUUUCUUUUUUUUUCAUGGAAUGACAACACGGGCUUCACGGUGGCAGAGGGGUUAGUGCGUCUGCCUCACAAUACGAAGGUCCUGAGUAGUCCUGGGUUCAAUCCCGGGCUCGGGAUUUUUCUGUGUGGAGUUUGCAUGUCCUCCCCGUGAAUGCGUGGGUUCCCUCCGGGUACUCCGGCUUCCUCCCACUUCCAAAGACAUGCACCCGGGGAUAGGUUGAUUGGCAACACUAAAUGGUCCCUAGUGUGUGAAUGUGAGUGUGAAUGUUGUCUAUCUGUGUUGGCCCUGCGAUGAGAUGGCGACUUGUCCAGGGUGUACGCCACCUUCCGCCCGAUUGUAGCUGGGAUAGGCACCAGCGACCCCAAAGGGAAUAAGCGGUAGGAAAUGGAUGGAUGGAUGGAUGACAACACUUACCACUAGAGCUGUGAAUCUUUGAAUAUCCCACGAUUCGAUUCAAUAUCGAUUCUUGGGGUCGCGAUUCGAUAAUACAUGAUUUUUUUCAAUUCAACGCGAUUCUCGAUUCAAAAACGAUAUUUUUUCCUAUUCAUAACGAUUCUGUAUUCAUUCAAUACAUAGGAUUUCAGCAGGAUUUACCCCAGUCUGCUGACAUGCUAGCAGAGGAGUAGAUUUUUUUAGAAAAGCUUUUAUAACUAUAAAGGACAAUGUUUUAUCAACUGAUUGCAAUAAUGUAAAUUUGUUUUAUCUAUUAAACGAACCAAAAAUAUGAAUUAUUUUAUCUUUGUGAAAAUAUUGGACACAGUGUGUUGUCAUGCUUAUGAGAUGCGAUGAAAGUGUAAGCCACUGUGAUACUAUUGUUCUUUUUUUUAAUUUUGUAUAAAUGUCUAAUGAUAAUGUCAAUGAGGGAUUUUUAAUCACUGCUAUUCUGAAAUUAUUACAAAUAUUGAUACUGUUGUUGAUAAUAUUCAUUUUUGUUUCACUACUUUUGGUUUGUUCUGUGUCGUGUUUGUCUCCUCUCAAUUGCUCUGUUUAUUGCAGUUCUGAGUGUUGCUGGGUCAGGUUUGGUUUUGGAAUUGGAUUGCAUUGUUAUGAUAUUGCUGUGUAGUGGUUUGUUGGAUUGAUAAAAAAAAAAAAAUCUAUUUAAAAAAAAAAUGAGAAUCAAUUCUGAAUCGCAUUCGUAUUCGAAUCGAUUUUUCCCCACCCCCUACUUACCACGUACCAUGAAUUGAUUAACGUGGACAAGUUGAAAAACUCUUUUGGGUGUUACCAUUUAGUGGUCAAUUGUACGGAAUAUGUACUGAACUGUGCAAUCUACUAAUAAAAGUUACAAUCAAUCAAUCGAAAACUUUGCCCCUACUCGCUUAGGACCGUCGCAGAAAGGCAUUUUAAAGGGACUUGUCACAUCCAGCCUAUUUAUGAAUGUAUGUAUGUGCCCAGCCAGUACUGCUAUUGCUUGACACCGUAGAUCUAUGUAUAGAAAGCUAGACCCUCCACCGUGCUGUAGCAGCCAGGCUGGUGACAUGCCUUUUAUGACGGCCACCUUGGUCGGGGCAAGGUUACCUUUGAAGGCUAUGCAUGCAUAUUGAAAAUAAAUCAUAGCUUUCUAUUUUUUCAAAUUGUGAGGAUGAUUGUAAAAGGCAAGGAAAUGAAAACAGGAUUGCUUGGACAAUGUGCUGCAUAGUCUUUCACUCUACAACAGGGGUCUCAGACACAUGCGAGUCGUUAUUUUGCGGCCCCCACCUAAAUAUGAAAGUUUAAUGUUAGUGCGGCCCGCAAGUUUUAUAUGAAUGGCGUUUGACAGCCUUGCGUUAUUUGGGUCCAAAAUGGCUCUUUCAACGUUCUGGGUUGCCUACCCAUGCAUUAGUGGAAAAGCGGCAAACGAGUCAAAGCAACAGAAACGUUGCCAUGGAGACGAGGGUUUUCUUACGUGCCUGGCUGCAGUCACAGCGCUGACACCUGUUUGUCAGUAAUAACAGUCCCCGAUAACCUGGACCAAUUCAAACCGUUAUUUGUUUUUUAUUAGUGUUUAAUUUACAUUGCCUCACACAAUAAACACUGCAUAUAUUUCUAUAAGACGCCGGAUAACACUCCAGAAGCCGUCACUUUUUUGCGCUCGCUAUCCCAGUACGUACCCGAUGAUUACCCGCCGACAGCUGUGUUGCCGUAGGGAGGAAAAGCGGAACGACACACAUUGCGGAAAUAACAUUAUUCUGCGUGUGUCGGCUAUAUACAAAUAUAUUCCACAACCCCAAACAUGUCUUUUUCAAAGCCUGCAGUGAAGAGAAAGAGAAAGUUGCGGAGCACAAUGGAUACAAUUUGAAACGUCCAUUAUACAACUAGACAUGCUGAGAGGAGUAUGCGACAUUUUUUUUUAAGAAAUCUUUUCUUGCGGCCCAGCCUCAACCAGACUCUGCAUCCAGUGGUCCCCAGGGACUACACAUCAUGGUGAAAACUGCUAGAUAUGACAACUUGGAGAACGAAACUUUCUCUCCUCUCCCUCCACCUCUGUCUCCAGGCCAGGGAGGAUACCCGUUUGGAAAUGAUGAAAAAGAUGGUGAAGUGUCCCAGCUCGCUGAGGUUCCGACUGUCAAAAGAAAAGGAGUGAGGAGACCCCAGCCCAAGCUGGACUCCCACAGGCUGACGUCGGAUAAAGGACUUCCAGCACUGCGAACACUUUUUGACAAUGUUCGCUUUAAAGGAAAAGGGCAUGAGGCGGAAGAUGUGCGACUACUGGUGCAGAAGAUGGAAAACUGGGCACACAGGUUGUACCCCAAGCUUCAGUUUGAAGAUUUUAUUCACAGAGUGGAGAAGCUGGGCGCCAAAAAGGAGGUGCAGACUUGUCUCAAACGGAUACGCCUUGAUCUGCCACUGACACACAAUGAUUUUACUGGUGAAGAGGAAGUUCCUCCUGAGUCUCACAUCUUCGAAGAACCAGACCCGUUCAUCAGUCAGAGCUUCCCUAGCAACGAGCCAGGACCAAUCCACUCCACCCCGGCACCUGCUGGUCCACCCGCCCCCUCUUUGACUGAUGAGGAGCGCCAACGUAUGGAGCUGAACAGACAGCAAGCCCUGGAGAGGAAGAUAGCUCGCCAGCAGCGACUCACAGACCUCCAGGCAGUUGGCUCGUCACUGCAAGCAGACCACUCCUCAGUGGAUGCACCCGAGCCUUCUGGCCACGCUUCCACAGGUCAAGAUAAAGACGAGAAGCAAAGCAGCAGCAGCAGUUCACCCCGGAUGCUGAUUAAUGACUUAGAGUCAACCCCCUUGUGUGAAAAAGUAGUGACAGAGUCCACCCCUGCAGUCGGCAUCAGUUCUGAAGAUUAAUGAGAUAGAUAGAUAGUACUUUUUUUUUUCUUUUUUUGUGCAGUAUUGCUGAUGUACAAACAUGACAUUAGAACUUUAUUGUUAAUAAACAAGGGAAAAGUUUAAAAUCAUGUCAUGAUAUUUGAAUGGCAAGUACUGGUACUAUUUGUACAGCCUGUUAAGACCACCAUUUGUAACGCCUUGUCCUACUUUAUAAACAUUUACUCAUAUUAAAGCUGACAAAACCAAA